AUGGUUUUUAUUGAUCAAGGUUUUACUUUACAGAUUGGCAAUGUCUCUCGAAUGCAAAGCUUAAACUUAAAGAGGAAACUCUCUGAUAAGGAAGCAUAUCAGAUGCAGCUUCACAAGGAAAAAGAGCUUGUAAAGCCUAGUUCUACUGGCAGCACAACUUUGGUUGGCCCUAAUCCUUUCAAGGGAACCGCAGAAUGUGUAGCACCAUUGCUUCCUCUAUCUGGAGGGAACUGUACUGAAUCCAUCUCAGGUAUUGAUUCUAAAUUGGAGCCUCUGCUUAGAGGUUCUAACAGAAAAAUGUUAGAGAGUUCUGCCAUGAAUUCCAGUACAGCAUCUUUUUCUGAUAGACCAUUGGUGGGCUCACAGGAAAGAGGUGCUUUUUCUGUCUCUGCAUCAGCUAAACUGGCAGAAAGGAAAACAGAUCCACAACAAACUAUAUCCAGAUUGACUGACGAGGCUAUGGUAGUGAGAUACAACGAAAAUCAUGCAGUGGGGGCUGAAAAUAAUGUCAGAAGUUCUCCAAGUAUUGAUGCUGUUGGGAUGACUGCUCAUAAUAAUAAUAAGAGAAAGAGGAUUCUUGAUGCAGUUGAAUCCGUUGAACAUCUUUACGCUGAGGGUCAGAAGUGGUAUCUGCAGAUAUCUGAGAACUUAUCUAGGCUGCAUGGUAUGUUGAACAGUCAAAUGAUGAAUGACUUGGAAGGAGAGAGACCCAUGGAACUUAACCUGGAACACAAUUUGUAUGAUAAGCUAGACAGAUCACGCAAAAAGAGAAAGGCAUCUUCCAAAGAAAAAGAGGCUUCGUGGCAUUUGGACAAUACUGGUGAGCACAUGAAGAGACUUGGAAUUAAAGAGGUUAAUGUCUGCACAGAAGCUUUUCCACCUGCCUAUAAUGUAAAAGGAACUGCUCAGGCUUGCAGGGAUGCAACAGCAGAUCCUUUAAGAAGCAGCCAAAAAAUUUCGGGAAGUUUUGAUGAGAUUGUGAAUGGUGAUUAUAUGAAAAUGCUUGACUUGGAUAGUAUUGUUCUAGAGGAAUGUUACCGUAUAGCAAUUAAGACGCCUCUGUCACCUACUAUUCCUGAGAUUGAACUUCAAAGUAUUGAAACACUUGAGAUGGAAAACACAAUGCCUUUAGUAGAUGAGAGCUCCUAUGAGGGAAAUAUUAAUGUAAAGGACAAAUUGGUGCCAUGUUGCAGCCUCGAUGUCAUUAACAGGGAGAUUGAUUCCAGUGAUUUGGAAUUUAAUACCUCUAGUACUGCUCAUAUUCCGUCAUUGCAGAAGAAUGAGAUUUUUUUUGAUUCAUUUGAGAAUGUGGGAAACAAUGAAAAUGGUAACUCUAGCACUGCAUAUACGGGCAAUACUUGCAUACGUCAGUUUUGGGACUCUCGUGCUGAGUUGGAAAUGCCAAAUGUAUCUAUUUCUGGAAAUGAGGGAUCGAUUGCUUUGUGUGAGAAUAGACCUUUAUUUACCCAACAUGAUCUUCUGAAAUUCUAUUUUGUUUUUCCAGAUAGAAAUGACGGUGGCAGCAUAUCUAAGAUAUUUCAUGCUAUGAGAAGUUGCAUGUCUCAAUGCUUUAUGCUUUCUCAGACGGAUUGGUUGGUUCGAAAUAUUCUGAUGGCCCUUUUGAAGGUUGAAGAUCUUUCUCCUAGGUGA